AUGAGGUUUUGUCCCCGGGCAUGUGUCAUGUCAUUAUUCCUCCCAGAUCGCUGGGACUAUCAAGGAAGUCCGGUAGGAGAGCGUUGGCCCACCGAUGUUGACAAUAGUCGAUUGAACAAUGGGCCCACGACCGGAAUUAAAUUAAACUAUCUCUUUGCUAGAUAUUCCGUCAUAAUGAAUCGAACGCUACAUCACGGCGUCGGUUUAACGUCAAAGGUUGAGGCGGUGUUGGACUGCAAAUAA